ACGAACAUCACAAAUCCGUGACUGACUGUUGGAAACAACGUAAAGACGCAAAAUUAAUGAAAGCGACUUGUGUGUGUGCCUGCCUCAUCAUCUCUAAAACGAACAAUGGUUGGUUCCUAUAUCUGAAUCGCAGUAUCAGAGAGUUCGUGAAACUUUUGACUCGGUUACACAUCUUCUUGACUCUGUGGUUCGGGAUUCUCCGGUGACGGAGUUCGCACUAAAGGAGAUGCUAGGAAACUCUUUAGCUUCACCUUUGGCAACACUGGGUUCGGCGAAAUGCGUCCGCCACUCUGCUGUAUAUUCUGAUCUUGUAACAUACAAUAAUGUUUUACCAUUGAGGAUGAACACGUCAUAUCAUGGUGUCAUUGGAGGAGUAAGGGCAUCUCUUGUUUCACGAAACAAAUGGGUAGUGCUUUGUUCAACAAAACAAGUGGAAACCUCUAAGGAAGAAGAUCCAAAGACAUGGGAAGAAUGCAAAGAAGCUCUGUCUUGUUUUGAUUUCAGCGUAGAGGAGAAAGACAAGAUACUUGGAAAAGCGUUUGGUCAUGUCCACUCGCCGUACUGGACUGAAGAGCGAGCGAAAGAGAAUCCAAAGGUGGAAACUUUGAAUCAAAUACUUGAGUUCCUUAGAAGUCUCGGUUUAUCGGACGAAGAUCUACAUAAGGUGAUGAAGAAGUUUCCGGAGGUACUCGGUUGCAGCUUAGAAGAGGAGAUGAAACCAAACAUUGGGAUUUUGGAAAACCAAUGGGGGAUUUCGGGUAAGCAACUAAAGAACCUGUUGCUUCGGAAUCCGAAAGUGUUGGGAUACAAUGUGGAUUGUAAAGGAGAUUGUAUUGCUCAAUGCACUCGGUGUUGGGUUCGGUUUUAGUGUUUCAAACUGAGUGAUCGUUGAUAUUGUUGUACUUAGUAUUUGAGUGUUGUUAUCUUAGAAUUAGAGCAAAACCUGAUUUGUAUCAGCGAAUUAAAUAAAGAAUCAUUGAUCUUCGUUUAA